UCAAAUUUUAGAGGGAAACACCUGCUUAUGGACUGGCAAGGUGGAAAUGAGUUGAAUUCUGAUAUUUCAAAUAAUGGACAUAAUGAACUAUUUGAUUUUGCCCAAAUUGGGGAUGAACAUUUUACAAAUGAAGAUAGAGAACAACAUUGGCAUGCUUUAAAUUGGAGGAUGGAUAAACUUCGAUGGAUGCCUGAAGAAGAAGCCGAAUCAACUAUUGUAGCUAGUGAUUACCAAUGUCAACCACAAGGUGUGGACAGUGAAGGAAGUUCUUACAAUGCCCAUGCAAAUAUGUCUGGUGAUGGAGCUUGUGAUGAUGGGUUAAUUGAUGGUUCAAUGGAUAACGAUCAAGAAGAUCAGCCGCCUUUAGGGAGUGAUGAUGAAGAACAGGAAGAUCCAAAAGAUUACCGAAGAGGUGGUUACCACCCUGUAAGAAUUGGUGAUGUGUUCAAGAAUGGCAGAUAUCACGUUAUAAGGAAACUUGGAUGGGGACAUUUCUCAACUGUUUGGCUUUGUUGGGAUAUCGAAUCAAAACGCUUUAUUGCAAUGAAAAUUGUUAAAUCUGCAGAACAUUAUACUGAGGCUGCUCUAGAUGAAAUUAAGCUUCUGGAAUGUGUUAGAGAUUCAGAUCCUUCUGAUAUGGCACUGCAGCGAGUUGUCCAAUUGUUAGAUCAUUUUACUGUUAGUGGGGUAAAUGGAGUGCAUGUCUGUAUGGUUUUUGAGGUUCUGGGAUGUAAUUUACUCAAAUUGAUUCUUAAAAGUGAUUACCAAGGAUUGCCAAUACCAAUGGUUAAAAAGAUUAUAAAACAAGUUCUUGAAGGACUUCAUUAUUUACACGAAAAGUGCCAGAUUAUACAUACGGAUAUUAAGCCAGAGAAUGUACUUAUAACGAUGAGUCCUGAAGAGGUUAAAAAGUUAGCUGAAGAUGCUAUAUUGGCAGGAAAGACAGGCAAAAAUUUGUCAGGAAGUGCAAUUUGUAGUUCAAAACGGUGCUUUAAAAAGAUGGAGGAAUCUAUGACUAAAAGUAAGAAGAAAAAAUUGAAAAAGAAGCGAAGACGUCAUCGAAAUCUUUUGGAACAGCAACUCAAAGAAAUUGAGGGAAUGAGUGUUGAUAUUGAUAGUCUAGAUUCCGGUCGAAAUCAAUUUCUAUCAGUCGAUGACCAACUUAACAGCUCUGCUUUUUCAUCAACCGAGCGUGACCCGGAUAAUAGUGAAACAACAACUGGACUUCAUUUGAAGAGUGAAGACUCAAAUGAUGAUGAACAGAUUAUUAAUGAACAAAAAGCAACGAAUCUCAAAAUUUUUGAUGAAAUCAAAAUCCCACGCAUUUAUUUAAAUCAAUUUGCUCAAAAUGAAAAGGAAGGAGUGAAAGCAGUUAUUAAAAAGGAAGUAAAGGAAGAAGAGGCUGGAGAAUCCAGAAGAGAGGAAAAUCAAGCUGGAAUUAAUGGAAAUAUUAUUUCUAACAAUAAACAGCAACAACAAGAAAAGCCAACUAAGAAAAAUUCUGUUGGCAAUAAAAUACUGCCAGAGAAUAGUAAUCAAGAGAAUAAUAAGGAGAAAGGACCUCCAGAAACAGAACCAAAAAGAACAGGAAAGAAAAAGAAGGGAAAUAAUGCAAAAAACAAGCAACAAAAUCAACAGCAAGAAUCUGCCAAAAAAGAAAAAAGAGACGAAUCCCCAUCACCUCCAAUUAAUAGGGAUGAAACGGAUGAUUUAAUUGAAGGAGGAAUAAAUCCAAAAAUUAAAAAUGACAAUCCCAAAAAACAAAAUGUGAAUACCAAACAAGAACAAAAUAAACAAUUGUAUAAUGGAGAAUUGUUAAUGCCAAAAAUUGAAGUUAAAGAAGAAAUUAUUGAAUCACCUCAAAAGGAUGUUGAAGAAAAUGAAACAACUACGAAAACUAAAAAGAAGAAACGAAAGAAGAAGAAACAAAAACAAUCUUUGGAGGAAUUGGAAGAUGCAAGAAUGGAUGAAUCAAAUGAGCUUGAAAGUAAAGAAAUUAUAAAGCCUGUUUUAUCUGAGGAAGCAAUUCUAGAAGAUGAUCAAUUAAUAAAGGAAAAAAAUGAAGAGGAGGGGCAAAAUUGGAAAUUUCUUCGAAAGGAUUUUGAUGUAAAAAUUGCUGAUUUAGGAAAUGCUUGUUGGACGCAUCAUCACUUCACUGAAGACAUUCAAACUCGUCAAUAUCGGGCACUUGAAGUUAUUAUUGGAGCGAGUUAUAACCAAGCUGCCGAUAUUUGGAGUAUUGCAUGUAUGGCAUUUGAAUUAGCUACUGGCGAUUAUUUAUUUGAGCCACACAGUGGUACAACAUAUAGUCGAGAUGAAGACCAUCUCGCGCAUAUUAUUGAGCUUUUGGGCAGCAUUCCGCCAACUGUAUUUAAAAAGGGUGAGCACUGGCGUGAAUUCUUCCAUAAAAACGGUCGCUUACUGCAUAUUCCCAAUUUAAAGCCAUGGUCGCUUGUUGAAGUGCUAACACAAAAAUAUGGUUGGCCAUUUGAACAUGCACGUUCUUUUGCCUCAUUUCUCCUUCCAAUGCUUAAUUACGAGUAA